AUGGACCAAUUCUCGUUAUCGCCCUCGGAGGAUCUGCCACGGAUGGCGGCCGUUGGGAUCAAGAUAUGUGGACAUCGCUGGAAAGUGCUUCGGUAUAAAAGCGAUGGUUUGGGGUGGAAAAGUCAUCAGUCUACUAGCAGCAGCUUUUCCGUACAGUCCCCCCUCAAAAGCCUCAGGAGAUCCAAGAUGUUCAAGAUCAUCGCCCUGGUUGCCUGUGUGACCAUCGCCGUGGCCUCCGCCGAAUGGUACGGCCAUGAGCACCUGCACACCGUGGUGGAACACAAAGAGCACCACGAGGACUACCACCACGAUCACCCCAAGUACAAGUACGAGUACGGCGUCAAGGACGGCCACACCGGUGACCACAAGAGCCAGUGGGAGGCCCGCGACGGUGACGUCGUCAAGGGCGGAUACACGCUGGACGAGGCCGACGGUACGCACCGCGAGGUCGAGUACAAGUCGGACCACCACAAUGGGUUUCAGGCCCAUGUUAAGCGUGUCGGACAUGCUCAUCAUCCCCACGGUGAAAGCUACGCCAACAUCGACCAGCACCACUAAGGCACCGCCGCCGGUGGAGUCGUCGGAAACCAGCACCAAGGCCCUUCCGGCCAAAGUCCGCAGCAGCAAGCAAACACUUUCCAUGUUCUCGAAGCCACUAUUUCUGUCCUGUUGUUGAGAUUGAGGGGAGGUCCGUUGAGAGGCCUGCCAGCGUUACAGACUGAUUAAUAAAUUUGUUAAAGAUUUUCAAAGUUCCUAA